AUGUAUCUAUCUAUAUAUGUUAGUCCAUUAAGAUCUAUCUAUCUAUCUAUCUAUCUAUCUAUCUAUCUAUCUAUCUAUCUAUCUAUUCACAUUCCAUACACAUCUAUCUAUCUAUGCGUAUGUGUAUGUUACGAACGCUGGAAUUGUACUUUAUUCGUUCUCAUCGUAUCUAUCUAUCUAUCUAUCUAUCUAUCUGAGACUGUUGAUUAUCUAUCUAUCUAUCUAUCUAUCUAUCUAUCUAUCUAUCUAUCAGAGACUGUUGAUUAUCUAUCUAUCUAUCUAUCUAUCUAUCUAUCUAUCUAUCUAUCUAUCUAUCAGAGAGUGUUGAUUAUCUAUCUAUCUAUCUAUCUAUCUAUCUAUCUUACCAUUCUUUAUUUUAUUUUCUUUCUUUUUUUCUUCUUUCUUUUUGAAUGCGUAUUUUAUUCUCUUUCCUUCUCCAUUCUGUUUUAUUUUAUUUUUGCUUUAUUUUACCUUGUUUCGAUGUUUGCUUUUAUCUUUCUUCAAAGACAGUAUUUUCCUUUUUUUAUUUUCUCACUUUUUCCUAAUGUCUUUGACAUUUCUUUCUUUCUUUCUUUCUUUUUACAUUUCUUUCUUUCUCUUCUUUCUUUUUACAUUUCAUUUUAUAAUUUUCUUCUACUUUUUUUACAUUUACGUUCUUUCAUUAUUUUUCCUAAUUUCUCAUUUUCCUCUUCUUUCUUUCAUUCAUUCUUUUUCUUUCUUUCGUCUUUGUUUCAUUCUUCGUUUCAGACCCUUUUAGGCUUUUAUUUCAUUUUUCUUCUUCAUUUUGACUUCUUUGUCAGUAUUCACUUCUUUUUUUCAUUCUUUAAAUACAUCGUUUUCCUUUCUUCUUCAAUUUCGCAUUUACGAUCUUUCUUUCUUUGUUUUCCUAAUUUCCUUAUUAUUUUAACUUCUCUUAUAACUCUCUUUAUUUUCUUUCUUUCUUUUCCAUAA